CUGCCGCGAGUUUCGCUCCGGACCGCUGGCUCCGUCUCUGGACCGCGGCGGGCCCGCUCUUGGCUUUGUUAAAGGAAGAAGUGUUCCUCUCUUUGCGAUUUGCACGAGGACCCGGCGAGCUGUUUUUUUCUUUUUUCUUUUUUUUUUUUUUUCCCCCUUGCGGAUUUUAGUCGCUCUUGGACAAGAAACAGACCUGUAAAGAUGUUUAUGUGGUGGUCCACUGUUUUACUUCUUGGAUGCAUUUUGCUGGGAGCGGAAGGGUGGCCAGUCAAGGAAGGAUACGACUUUAGGCUCUAUCAGCCCCUAGUAAGAUUACGCCACAAGCAGGAAAAGAAUCAGGAAAGCUCAAGAAAUAAAGGGUAUCUUGGUCAGGAUGGCCUUUUUGGAUCAUGUGAAAACAAGUACUGUGGUCUGGGCAGACACUGCGUUGUGAAUGGGAAGACUGGUCAAGCUGAGUGUCUGUGCAUGGAGCACUGCAAGCCACAUUACAAGCCUGUGUGUGGUUCUGAUGGAGAAUUCUAUCAAAACCACUGCGAAGUGCACAGAGCUGCCUGUCUGAAAAAGCAAAAGGUCACCAUUGUACACAAUGAAGACUGUUUCUUUAAAGGGGAUAAAUGUAAACCUACUGAAUACACUGAAGUGAAAAAUAUGUUACUGGAUCUGCAAAAUCAGAGGUACAUUGCCCAAUCAAAAGAUAAAACCAUUGAUGAGAAAAUGGCUUUAAAGAAACUUCUUGUAGAUCAAAUGUUCAAUUAUUUUGAUUCAGACAACAAUGGACUUGUGGACACUAAUGAGUUAUCUCAGGUAAUAAAACGGGAUGAGCUUGGCAAGGAACCAUCUGACUGCUCUGUGUUCGAUUUGCUGAAAUACGAUGAUUAUAAUAGUGACAAGCACCUGGCUCUGGAAGAGUUCUAUAGAGCUUUUCAUGUAGUUCAGCUGAGUCUGCCUGAAGAUCAAAAAAUAAGCACCACUGCAGCAACAGUGGGACAAAGUGCUGUCUUAAGUUGUGCCAUCCAGGGAACACUGAGACCUCCCAUCAUCUGGAAGAGGAAUAAUGUCAUUCUGAAUAGAUUAGAUUUGGAAGAUAUCAGUGAUUUUGGAGAUGAUGGGUCCUUGUACAUUACUAAGGUUACCACAACUCAUAUGGGAAAUUACACCUGCUAUGCUGAUGGCUAUGAUAAGCUCUAUCAAACUCAUAUUCUCCAAGUGACUGUUCCACCAGUUAUCCGAGUCUAUCCAGAAAGCCAGGCAAGGGAGCCAGGUGUGACAGCUAGCCUUCGGUGCCAUGCUGAAGGUAUUCCUAACCCACAGCUUGGUUGGCUGAAAAAUGGAAUUGAUAUCACUCCAAAGUUGUCCAAACAGCUAACUCUUCAAGCAAAUGGUAGUGAGGUUCACAUUAGCAAUGUGCGCUAUGAAGAUACAGGAGCAUAUACUUGCAUUGCAAAGAAUGAAGCAGGAGUGGACGAGGAUAUUUCUUCUCUUUUUGUGGAAGAUUCUGCUCGAAAGACCCUUGCAAACAUAUUGUGGCGAGAGCAAGGUCUGGGAAUUGGGAACAUGUUUUAUGUUUUUUAUGAAGAUGGAAUCAAAGUAAUACAACCAGUGGAAUGUGAAUUUCAGAGACAUAUUAAACCUAGUGAAAAACUCCUCGGUUUUCAGGAUGAAGUUUGUCCCAAAGCAGAUGGUGAUCCUGUUCAGCAGUGUGUAUGGGCAACUGCUGUUAAUGUAAAAGACAAGUUCAUUUACGUAACUCAGCCCACACUUGACAGAGUUCUUAUUGUUGAUGUACAGUCUCAAAAAGUUGUACAGGCAGUAAGUACAGAUCCUGUUCCAGUGAAACUACACUAUGAUAAAUCACAUGAUCAAGUCUGGGUGCUGAGCUGGGGAAACAUGGAAAAGAAUUCACCAACUUUGCAGGUGAUAACACAAGCCAGUGGGAGUGUUUCUCAUCACACAAUCCAUACUCAGCCAGUGGGAAAGCAGUUUGACAAAGUGGAUGACUUUUUUAUUCCAGCUACAACCCUCAUCAUCACCCAUAUAAGGUUUGGAUAUAUUCUUCAUAAGGAUGAGCCUGUGCUCCAAAAAAUUGAUCUAGAAACAAUGUCGUACAUCAAGACAAUUAGUUUAAAGGAUUAUAAUUGCAUUCCUCAGUCGCUGGCUUAUACACAUCUUGGAGGUUAUCUUUUUAUCUGCUGUAAGCCUGAUACUACUGGGGCUGUCCUACCACAGCUCAUAGUGGACAGUGUUACUGAUUCCGUGAUUGGUUACAAUGGCGACGUAACAGGCACACCACAUAUCUCUCCAGAUGGACACUACCUUGUCAGCAUUGAUGAUGCAAAAGGUCUCAUGAGGAUCCAGUCCAUAACAAUGAGAGGAGAAAUACAGGAUGCAUUUGACAUUCACACUAAUUUGCACAUAUCUGAUGUAGCUUUUCAGCCAUCAUUCACUGAAGCUCAUCAAUACAACGUCUACUGCAGCUCCAGCACACAAACUGACGUUCUCUUCAUGGAGCUCUCCUCUGGCAAGGUUAAGAUGGUGAAGAGUCUGAAGGAGCCCAUCAAGGCAGGCGAAUGGCCUUGGAACAGUAAGAACCGUCUUAUAAAAGACAGUGGCCUUUUUGGGCAGUAUCUCAUGACCCCUUCUAAGGAAUCUCUGUUUAUCCUGGAUGGACGGCUCAAUAAGUUAAAUUGUGAAAUCACUGAAGUUGAGAGAGGAAACACAGUAAUUUGGGUUGGAGAAGCAUAAGGUUCUAUGUUAGAUAUUUACUGAAUUAAUAGUUUUACAGUACACUGAACUUAAAUUACACCAUUAUUCAAAUUUACACCAUUUUAAUUUUAAAUUGCAGGACCCUUCUAUACUCAUUAUUUCUUUGACUUGAACACAAUUUGAAUCAACUUCCACAUAAAAGUUACUAAAACAGUGGCUAUUUGAUAAUGGUACUCCUUAUCAAUUAUCAGCUGACAUUGUGUUGUUUGACCAAAAUUACUAAAUACUGAAAUCAGAGGUAAGUAUAAUAAAUUAUUUUAAAGGAAGUAGGAAGAAAAACACCCCAAAAAAGCUUCAGACAAUUUAAUAUGAUACUUUGCGUUUGUAAAUGGAAGACUUUAAUAUGAUUCAAAUUUUUGUUUGGUUUGCUUCAGACACAAAAUAAUAGCUGUUGUACAACCUUUGACUCCUUAAACUGAAAUGUUAUGUUCUGUUUUGUCCAGUCCACUGUUAAAUCUUUUUGUGCCUUGAAGCGAAAGUCUCACAAGAAAGAUAAACAUAGAAAUUAUAAAAUUUAUUCCCACUUUAGCUACAGGAUUGCUUCUCAUUGGAAGGAAAGUUUUGGUAUCAAAUUUCUAGUCUCAAGUUGUGGAACAUGUAUGGAGAGAAGAAAAAAAAAAA